AAUCCCACAAGGCGGCUCCACUUCUCAUCGGUCACCUUUCGGCGCCCAACGCAUGAAAAUACUCGACGUCCUGUCCGUCUCUCAAAGUACUUUGACACAAUAGACCAAACUUUCAUUCCGGGUGUACGCUUAACAACUACACAACGCCUCCCCUCACGACCCAAUCCUCUACCAAAAGUAUACCUACACAAAACCAUCCCGCCAAGAUGCAUAUCCUCGUAACCAACGACGAUGGGCCUCCCUCGCCCACGUCCUCUCCGUACGUUCACAGCCUGGUUCGCGCCCUCCAAUCCGCGGGCCACACCGUCUCCGUCUGCCUCCCGCACAUGCAACGGUCCUGGAUCGGCAAAGCUCACAUGAUCGGCGAAACGGUCAAGCCUUCUUACUACCGUCCAUCCGCCACCUUCGACCCCUCACCGACGGCCCCCUCUCCGCAAGGCAGCACACACGCCCGACCAGCCCGCUCCGACGACGGGCCCGUGGAGGAAUGGAUCCUCGUCGACGGCACGCCAGCCAGCGCGGCGCAGAUCGGGCUCUCGCACUUCUUCGAGGACCGGGGGCCCAUCGACCUUGUGGUCUCAGGCCCCAACUACGGACGCAACACGACGGCCGUCUUUGCGCUGUCGAGCGGGACGCUAGGUGGGGCCCUCGAGGCGGCGGUUUGUAGGCGGAAAGCCAUCGCGCUGAGCUAUGCUUUCUUCAGCCGAAACCACGACGCCGAGAUCAUCGAGGGGGCGAGUCGGCAUAGUGUGAAGGUGAUUGAGAAGCUGUACGCACAAUGGCCGACCGACAGGAGCGUAGAUUUGUAUAGUGUCAACGUACCGCUGAUUGAGGGCGUGGACAGGAAGAAGACAGUGUGGGCGGGGAUGUUGCAGAAUUACUGGAGCGAGGGCGGCUCGUGUUUUGAGGAGGUGGAAGGGAGUGUUGCUGGGGAGGAUGAAGAGGAGAGUAGGAUACGGGAGGGGGAGGGAGAGUCUGAGGUCCAGGGGAACGGGGAGAAGGUGGUUCAGAAUGGGAGUCGGUUCACGCAUCGGCAUUUCAAAUGGGCUCCCAGAUUUACGGAUGUGUAUAAGAGUGUGGAAGAUGCUCCGCCAGGGAACGACGGCUGGGCGGUUAAGGAGGGCUUCACCAGCGUCACCCCGCUGAAAGCGAAUUUCUGGCAUACUGCAACGCAAUUGCAUGGCGAGGAGUUAAAACUGUGAGUGCUAUUAUUGCAUUUGACUUUGAGUCGUCAACCGAUUUUGGCUACCGACGCUAUCAUGAUGAUACCAGAGGCGGACGCCGGGGCUUAGGUCAUUUAGAGAAAAACACGGCAUCUAGAUUUAUAGACCUAGACAAUCCAUGUCAGAACCCCGUUUUUGGGGUGUCGAAUGUUCUCCAC